AUGUCUCCCUAUACACCGAGCCGCCAUCAUGAAAUCCGGUCAUUUUACAUUCGUUUGAUGUUGGGUGUGGUAAUGGCCCUUCUUGGGAUAGCAUCGCUGUUCGCAGCACCAAAUCCAAAAACCUUUUCGCGACAUGAGGCAAACAGAACUGUACUUCUGGCUACAGCACACAACAACAACAACGAUACCAUUUCUACCAUUGUAGAACUGCGAUACCUCCCUGUGGGAAUGCGAGAAAGCGGCGCCAAUGCCAUUUUCAUCGUGACUUUGAUUGCUGUUGCCAUAGCAGGGGGAUACACAGGCAGUGUGAUUCCUCGAGUGGAAGCAGAGAUCAAAAACACCUCUCAGAACAAGGAUGAGUACGAUACACGGAUAUCUAAUGUUUGGGCAAGGGACGAACUUGAUCAUCUUGCCGGCCCAGUCGAUCGCUGUUUGUGCUUGUUGUACAUGAUGGUUGCUAGUAUCGGAAUAGUCGUUGCCAGCGCUAUAUCUUUCAUCGACGACUUGAAGAGUCCAGAAAUCAAGGCGGCGGAGCAUCUCGAUGGGUUUCUUGGGAGCGUGGUUAAUUCCACCAAUAAUACUGUCAUACUCGGCAGCGACAAAACAGAUGGCACAUACAGUUUUGCGGCAUGGGUUUGUCAAUGGGAACCCCUCUUGAUUGACAACCCCGGCCAUGCAGAAUUCCAAGCUGCUUGUCGGAGAAUGACUGUAUCAAGAUAUCUCUUGAUGCUUGUUUUUGUCGUUGCUGGUGUGCAAAUGAUAGCCGCUACACAACCACGCUUGACCGCUACACUGGCGGACUGCGUUGCCAAAGUCUUCGACUCUAGCUGGUGGAAAUCACCAGGGAUGGAAUGGAUUGCGCUGGGAUCUGGGCAAGAUGAGGAAUCUACAAUCGCGGAGGAAGGAGAGGAAGAAUAA